CACACCUCACAACUUGAAGCACGUUCUCUGCAUCUUUUUAAUUGGUCGUUUGAUUCCUCUUCGGGGGGGGAGAGAGAGAGAGAGAGAGAGAGAGAGAGAGUUCUGAGAGGAAGGGAAGACAAAGAAUGGAUGCUUUAGGUGAGCUAGAGAGAAGACAACUCGGAAUCCUCCAACGGAUAACCGAAUUAGAGCUGUCUCUGUUGCCACAGCAAUUCUCGGCUGCUCUAUCCGUCUCACCCCACGAAGAAGAUUACAGCGACGGCACCACUGAAUCACGUCUAUCCGCCAUACUUCGCGCAAAUGGCGUUCGAGAUUUCUUGUUCAAGAGGGUACCCUCCGACUACUAUGAUAGACCUAUCGAGGCAAGAAGAGAAAUCCUCGAGGCGCCGUCCAUCCAUCAUCUCUGCAAGAGCAUCGUCCUUGUUAACACACAGGCCCCUGCAAGUGUUACUGAUUGUAGCGAUCGGAAUAAUUCAAAGUACUACCUUGUUGUAGUCCAGUAUACUGCUAGAUUUAAUGCUGAAACAGUAAAAAACUUUCUGUACUCACUCAACAAUGGCAAGAUACCAAAAAAGAAAUUCAACUUGAGGCUUGCACCUGAGGACCAGUCAGUGAAGUUGACUGGUUACGAGCACAAUGGUGUGACAUGUAUUGGCAUGAAAACAGAUAUUCCGGUAAUCUUGGACGAAGCAAUAGUAAAGCUUAAUCCCGAUUUCUUCUGGUUGGGAGGUGGAGAGGUCGAUCUGAAGCUGGGGAUCAGGACCUCUCAAUUCAUCAAUUUUGUUAAACCCUUCAUUGUCAGCUGUAGUACUUAAAAAAAAUAUUGUUGACUCAGAACGUAGCAGGACUGUCUGGUAGAAAUGAAAUGGCGUGUUUUCCUGCCCACAAAACCACAUCGGGGAAAUGCCGUUUCACGGGCUUGUGGAUUUCGAUGAGAAAUGAAGUUGGGGAUGUCUGUUUUUCUUACAGCAGGAAGUUCUGUUUUCGAUUUUCCUCAACUGUUACUUUUGGGAUGUCGAAACUUGAUUAAAUUAUCAGUUUUUUAGACGUUUUUGGGAGACAUUCUUGAAAUGGUAGCAGCCACUGAUCCUGGUUAGGUUUUGAAUGUGGCGCCCAGGAAACCAGUCCAGUAGAGCCUAGGAGCCCCUGGUGACUGGUGAUCAGUUCAUUUUUAUAUUGAAAUUAAAAAAAAAAAUCAAGGUAUGGAAUUUAUGGGA